GAAACAAUGCCCCAGACGUCCGUCAUCUUCUCUAGCAUACUUGGGCCCAGCUGGAGUGGACAGGUGCAGCCUGGCAUGGGGGAGCGAGGAGGCGGGGCCAGCGGCUCCGGGGACCUCAUCUUCCAGGAUGGACGUCUCAUCUCUGGGUCUCUGGAGGCCCUGAUGGAGCACUUGGUCCCCACAGUGGACUAUUACCCUGAUAGAACGUACAUCUUUACGUUUCUCUUGAGCUCCCGGGUCUUCAUGCCCCCUCAUGACCUGCUGGCCCGUGUGGGGCAGAUCUACCUGGAGCAGAGGCAGCAGCUGGAGGCCGGGUCUGAGAAGGCCAUGCUGAGGUCCUUCUCAGCCAAGAUUGUGCAGCUGCUAAAGGAGUGGACAGAGGCCUUCCCCUAUGACUUCCAGGAUGAGAAGGCCAUGGCUGAACUGAAGGCCAUCACCCACCGGAUCAUGCAGUGUGAUGAGGAGAAUGGCACAGUGAAGAAGGCCGUCGCCCAGAUGACGCAGAGCCUGCUGCUGGCCCUGGCUGCCCGGAGCCAGCUUCAGGAGCUUCGGGAGAAGCUCCGCUCCCCAGCUGUGGACAAAGGGCCCAUCCUCAAGGCCAAGCCACCGACCACUCAGAAGGAUAUCCUGGGCGUGUGCUGUGACCCCAUGGUGCUGGCCCAGCAGCUGACUCACAUCGAGCUGGAGAGGGUCAGCAGCAUUCACCCCCAGGACCUGAUGCAGAUCGUCAGCCACAUGGACUCUCGGGACAAGCACAGGUGCCGAGGGGACCUGACCAAGACCUACAGCCUGGAGGCCUAUGACAACUGGUUCAACUGCCUCAGCAUGCUAGUGGCCACCGAGGUGUGCCGGGUGGUGAAGAAGAAGCACCGGACCCGCAUGCUAGAGUUCUUCAUCGACGUGGCCCGGGAGUGCUUCAACAUCGGGAACUUCAACUCCAUGAUGGCCAUCAUCUCUGGCAUGAACCUCAGUCCCGUGGCUCGGCUGAAGAAAACAUGGUCCAAAGUUAAGACGGCCAAGUUCGAUGUCUUGGAGCACCACAUGGACCCUUCCAGCAACUUCUGCAACUACCGCACAGCCCUUCAGGGGGCCACACAGAGGUCCCAGAUGGCCAACAGCAGCCGAGAGAAGAUUGUUAUUCCUGUGUUCAACCUUUUCGUUAAGGACAUCUACUUCCUGCACAAGAUCCACACCAACCACCUGCCCAAUGGGCACAUUAACUUCAAGAAAUUUUGGGAGAUCUCCAGACAGAUCCACGAGUUCAUGACAUGGACACAGGUAGAGUGCCCUUUUGAAAAGGACAAGAAGAUUCAGAGUUACCUGCUCACGGCGCCCAUCUACAGCGAGGAAGCGCUGUUCAUCGCCUCCUUCGAAAGUGAAGGUCCCGAGAACCACAUGGAGAAGGACAGCUGGAAGACCCUGAGGACCACUCUCCUUAACAGAGCCUGAGGAAGGCGGGAUGCAGCCUGCGGCGCGGGUGACGCACACGUGACCAGGCUUCCGUCUGGAUGUGGGUGGACAUGAGGUGGCCUCACUGGUUGGGGUCCAUUCUGUAUAUAACUUUCACGGGGAAAGUGGUAAUUAUUUCAUGCAUCAACCUUUGGCACAA